UUUCAUGCAUUUGGGUUAACGUGAAAUCUGUAAGAGGCAUCAUUUCUUAACUUGUGCUGUGGUCCUCCGUGCGCAUUAUGGCUUUUCUUACUGGACUUACAGGAAUGCUGUUGAUGAUCUUAUGUGUUUCGUCUGCUCAGGAGACAGGUUCUCUGGAAGUUUUUUACCCUCAGCAGACCUUCACUCCUUCUCCAGGCUCAUCGGUCCUGCUAUCUUGCAAAGCAGAGUAUGAUUUUUAUAAGUGUCGUGGAGUUCAUGUUGUAUGGCAUAACAUCACUGAAGACAGCACUGAGCUGACAAAUCCCAGGAAGUACUUCACCACGGUGAAUGAGACAGCCUCGUCUAAAAGCAUGAGACACCGACAGGUUGUGACAAAGAUACUGAACGUUGUACCAGAGGACAAUGGUCUAUUUCAGUGUAAGGCUGAAUGUGAGACUGGAGAGAAAGCAAUGGGACAUUUCAUCACAGUCAAAGUUAAAGAGUAAUCAGUUAUCAGUUGGCUCUGUUCACAGAGGAUGACAAAAACCACGCUCCUCAGUUUUCCAGCAACAUUUUGAGAAAAUAAUCAUCCUUGUUUUGUUAGUGACUUGAGUAAAUAAAAUGACUCAUCCAUAGAAACAUUCUUUUUAAUAUACAUAUUGCAUCACUCAUUGUGACCACUUAAGUUGUUCUACAAACUAGAUUCACAGUACGAGUCUGUCCACAUGCUUUAAGCAAAGCUUAUUACAUACAAAUCUAGUCAAUAAAUUUUAAAUGUGUUUCUGCUAAUUACAGGAAUUAGCAAUUGUAACAAUUCAUGUCUUGUUUAAAAUAAAGUCAUGUUUUAAUAAUUCUGUCUUAAAGUUUUCUUAACAGGUUCUUACUGCAUUAUGUUGGAUGUGUACUUAUGUAGGUUAAAUUUGUGUGUAAAGAUUGAAUUUUUUCAUGUGUGAUUUAAGUAAAAGAAAACAAUGCUCGGCAUCAUGUGUCAUUUUCUGAAUUAGGCAAACAGAUA